AUUUGACACUUUUGUCACCAUAGACUGCCGUACAAAAGGCUAAAUCAGAAAAAAAAAAAAAAAAAAAGAGAAACACAAAAGAAAAAAGAAAAAAGAAGCAAAAAGAGGGAGGAGGGCGGCCACGUUGAACAACCCCGCCUCCGACUUCGCGUGCUAUGUGACUCCCGUGCUUCUUUUCUGUCCAUCACCCCGCGCAAAAAAUAAAAUAAAAUAAAAUCUCUCUGCUCUCUGUUCUCUUGUUUUCCUCUUUUACUUAAUACCAUCCGGCCAAUUCAUUCUCUCUUUCUUCGCCUUAAAAAAAAUUUCCUCAGGCCCGUGAAUUUCGCUCUCUUCUUUGAGUGUCGUAACCUUUCUCCAUCCCCUCUCCGGUACAGAAGAAGCAGCACGACGGACCAGUCAAGUCAUGUGUGGGAUUUUUGCUUGUCACUGUCACCCAGAUGUGCAAAAGUUCAAGCCUACGGCUUUGCGCAUGGCGAAAGCCGUACGCCAUCGUGGUCCCGAUUGGAGUGGAAACUUCGUUGCAAACAACACAAUCCUUGCGCAUGAGCGGUUGAGCAUUGUUGGCGUUGAUUCUGGCGCCCAGCCUCUGGUUAACGACGAUGGCACCCUUGCCCUCGCCGUCAAUGGCGAAAUUUAUAACCACAGAAUCCUACGAAAGGGUCUGAAAACUCCAUACAAAUUCAAGACACAUUCAGAUUGCGAAGUUAUUAUCCCACUGUACAUGGAACAUGGCAUCGACGCCCCUAAAUUCCUCGACGGCAUGUUCUCGUGGGUCCUACUUGACAAGAAGGAAGACAGAGUCGUCGCUGCGCGAGACCCCAUUGGCAUCACUAGUUUCUACCAGGGCUGGUCAUCGCAAACUCCCGGUGCGGUGUAUUUCGCCUCAGAGCUGAAGAGCUUACACCCCGUAUGCGACAAGAUUAUUAGUUUUCCUCCAGGCCAUGUAUACGAUUCCAAGAGCAACACUAUGACCAGAUAUUUCGACCCCAAAUGGUGGGACCCCACCAACGUCCCGUCUACUCCCGUUGACUACAAACUUAUCCGUGAGGCUCUGGAAAAGUCGGUGCGGAAACGAUUGAUGGCGGAGGUUCCAUAUGGUGUCCUCCUUUCUGGAGGGUUGGAUUCGAGUUUAGUGGCCUCCAUCGCGCAGCGGGAGACGCUACGACAACAAGCUCUGUCUAGCGCCGCAGCGACUAACGGGGUUAACGGAGCGUCUUCAAGCUCGGGACUGGUCGGCAUUGACGAUUCCAACGAGUUAUGCACCGUGACUACCCUGCCACAGCUCCAUUCAUUCUCUAUCGGCCUUCCCGACGCCCCGGACACCAAGGCCGCUCUCGAAGUGGCCAAAUUCCUCGGAACAAAGCAUCAUGCUUUCACGUUUACUCUUGAAGAUGGCCUCAACGCCCUCUCUGACGUCAUCUACCACUUGGAGACCUACGAUGUCACCACCAUCCGCGCAUCUACACCUAUGUACCUGCUGAGCAGAAAGAUCAAAGGCAUGGGCGUCAAGAUGGUGCUUAGCGGUGAGGGCAGUGACGAGAUCUUCGGAGGCUACCUCUACUUCCACGCCGCCCCGAGCAAGGAAGCCUUCCACGACGAGACCGUGUCCCGAGUGAAAAACCUCCAUCUCGCUGAUUGCCUGCGGGCCAACAAGUCCACGUCGGCAUGGGGCGUGGAGGCGCGCGUGCCGUUCUUGGACAAGCAGUUCCUCGAGGUAUCCAUGGGCGUCGACCCGCAGGAGAAGAUGAUCACUAAGGACCGGAUCGAGAAGUAUAUCCUGCGCAAGGCGUUUGAUACCUCCGACGACCCGGAUGCACAACCAUACCUCCCCGAUAGCAUUCUGUGGCGCCAGAAGGAGCAGUUUAGCGACGGUGUCGGGUAUGGCUGGAUUGAUGCGUUGAAGGAUAAUGCGGAGUUGCAUGUUACGGAUGAGAUGAUGAAGAACCCCAAACCGGAGUGGGCUGAUGAUGUUCCAGAUACGAAGGAAGGAUACUGGUAUCGUAUGAUGUUCGACGAGCUUUUCCCGCCAUGCUGCGCAUCGACAGUGAUGCGGUGGAAACCAAAAUGGUCCAAGCAGACGGACCCUAGUGGACGUGCGAUUUCCACCCAUAUUGCCAAGUAUGAGAGCGGAUCAUAAAAUGCUACCCGGCAGAACCACGGAGCCUAUGUUUUUGGAUAGAGGAUAGGUAGAUGAUGCACCUGGUCUACCAAGUUAUGAUAGGCAGAGAACAUUUAUGCAACAUGGCAUACAUAGUUACUCUCGUGGAACAACCCGUGUUAUCUUUUCGGUUCUUUUUAUGUGGUUGUUUUUCUGGCCGCCGUUUCUGCUUCUCCUUCUGCCUAGCCCUCUCUACGCCUUAUAUAAAUACCUUUUCCCCCUUUCCCUUUUCCUUGUCUUCCUUCCAAUGGUUUUUGGUUUCGGCUUGGCAUGGAUUACUGUUUACAUGUUGUUUUGGUACUACGCUUCCUUUUCGCAUAGAUCAUUGGGGGUACCAUUUCGUUUUCAUCAAUGCAUAUACAUAUGUCAUUUCUUUUGUGGUUAUUAAAUAGAUAACUCUAGAAGAAAGCGUUUUGAUUUUUUUCAAGUCACCAAUGCUCACGUACUAAACUUACCAACCUUGAGUCUAACUACUUCUCCCAUCC